ACCAAACAAAGUAUACUCACAUUCAAGACAAAAGUUUAGGACACGUUUUSGAUCUCAAAAGAAGAAGUUUUCGUCGGAAAAAUCCUAAGAUCGUCGUCGCUACUGUGCUGAAUUAAUUUCUAAGGAUAUAUUUGGAUUAUUUUUGUCUACUGGGUCGAGUAUUUGGGGUAGUUUAUAAACGAAAYCUGAAAGCAUCAAAAUGGCGGCCUUUGGUCCAGCUCUUGGGCAAAGCCUUCGAUCUCGGCCGCCUCGUAACCCUAAUAGUCAAAAGAACGACAGUCCAAGGCAGCUAGAGUUUACCUCAGCAAUGGAGGACUUCAAAAAAAUGUUUCCCAGUAUGGAUACUGAGGUUAUAGAGGCUGUUUUGAGAGCCAACAAUGGACUCGUCGACGCUACCAUAGAUCAGUUGCUUUCUAUGGGCGCUGGAGAUGAAUCUAAGGAAGAMUUUCCUCAUUUGCCGUCGUAUGUUGAUACAGGACCAAGGGAACCUCCUCCCGCCUAUUCUCCUAGAGAAGAAAGUGAUUCAAGCGAUGGGAGACCUUUACCAGCUCGACCAUAUUCAGCUUGGAAUCCACCAUUACUUGGCAACCUACCAGAUGACUUCCUUCGCUUUACUCACAUUCCUCCAUCUAAAAGAAGCACGAGUCCAAGUAUCAGCCCUUCUCUAAGUACAGACAGAAACAACGAUAAAAUACUUGAGCAGUUUUUGGAGGAUGAAAAGCUGGCUCAGGUUUUACAGAACGAAGAAUUUGUGCGAGAAUUGUCUCGGAACAAGGAUUUCAUGAUGUCUUUGGAGCGAGACAAGCAAAGAAAUAUGGCUCUUAACAAUACCAACACAAAUGUCAGUGAAACCCCUGCUCCUCCACACACUGCAUCAUUAAAGCCAGUUGAAGCUCCACCAAGCAGUCAUGGUGAUAACAAUCAAGAUUUAUCAAGUCUAGGAGCAGUAGGAGGGCCUCCACCUCAAGAAGAUGUUGUUCUCCGAGAAAAGCUGAAACACAUGGGGAAAAAUGAGUUAUUGAAUACAAUGGCUGCUGGGAGACUGGAGAUUAUAAAUGAUGCAGAGAGUGAAAAUGAGAAAAGUGGUGACAAAAAUGAAUCCAGUAAAGAAAGUCCUCCACCUGCUAGAGUGUAUGAUCCAUUUGAUCCUGUUGAAUUCUAUGCAGAGGACAAUGAAUUUAAAUACAAGAGUGAGAAAUAGUUCCUUUAAUUAUUAUCAGUAUUGCUAGGUGCUUGGAAAACUAGUGCUGUCCUUUUUACCAUUCUUGGUAAAACAGCCUGAUGAAUUCUUCAUUAUUCACAGCCCCGCCAAGAUGAAUAGUUUUUUUGCAACUUGUCAAUGCCUUAAUAGGGAAUAGUUUCAGAAUUCAGCAUGGAGUUAUUGGAAAGUAUUUUAAUGAUUCACAAYGGCAGAGUUAUGAUAAGGACAUCUGAUUGUGAGCYACAAAGAAACAAGAAKUUUUAUCCUAGAU